AUGUUCUUAAUAGGUCCAAGUCCAGCUUGGCCUUUGACAAUUUUAACUGAUCAGCAAACUGUCGAUAAUUUCAAUGAGAAUUUGAAAAGUCGAUUGGAUCUUGAACACAUUCAACCACCAACAGCUCGUUUGAGUGCUUCAUUCGAAGACCAAUUCGAUACAUCCGGUAAUAAAUCAAUCGAUCGACAAUUAACUUUGAAAGUCAUUGAGAAUUCUAACACUAACUCGAAUAACCAUCCAGCAAUAAUUCCAACGAACGCCCAAUCCAGCCAGGUUGCUAAUAAAUCAUUGAACGUAUUGAGCUACAAUUCAAAUCAACGAAUGAGUCGGAAAUCGAACGACAUUGCGAAUACCCGUUUGAACUCUGAAUUGAAUUUUGCACAUACGGAUAAUUUUUCUAAUCUUCAUAACAGCUUGCAUAAUAAAAUGACUUUAACUUCGUUCGAGCGUAAUCCAAAAAUUAUCGUUUUCACCAAUUCGAUGUUGAACUCGAAAAAUAAGUUGCCCAUUGAUUCGGAUAAUAAAAAUAACACGAAUGUUCCAACCAAUCUUGAUAAUUCAUCAAACAAUAACGUUGUAGCCACUUCGAUGUCCAACCUUAACACCCAACCGACGAAUCUUUCUAAUAAAAAGACGUUUGCUAACUUAAAAAUCGACUCAGAUAAGAAAUUAAUUCCCAAAUCACUCACUGACGACAGUUCAACUUACCAUCUAAAUCAUUUCUCUAUUAAAACAGUAAAAUUUGACAAAUUAACUAAUUCAACCGAAAGUCAUACACUCACCUAUUCAACCAUUCUUGAUAACUAUACAACGAACAACACACCCGAUGACGUUGCAGCACUGAAUGACAAUAACAAACCUUCGACUCACAUGUUUAACACCACGGAUGUCAAUCCUUGUUUGUUUUCACUCAAUUUCACAUUAAAUAAGCCAUCUACAACACAAACAGACACAUCUUCAGCAAACACAACCAAACUCAAUUCUUUCUCGACAACUAUCUAUAGAAAACCUACUUUUACUGGUCUGCUAACUAAAUGGAAUUCAUUCGUGCCGUAUUCGUACAAAGUCAGCACUCUGAGUAGUAUGAUCUAUCGAGCCAUCAGAAUUUGUUCAUCGUAUCACUUAUUGCAUGAAGAGUUCGAAUUCAUUGAGUACGUUAGUCACUUGAAUGGUUAUCCAAAUAAUUUCGUUAAAUCUCAAAUACGUAAAACGUUGAACAGACACAUGUAUAAAUCUAUUGGCACAUCCGUUUGUAUAUCUAUAGAUAAAAAGACGUUCGUUGACGAUUCAUUGCCUAACAGAAAACGUGUUUUUCUUGACAUACCUUUUUUCGGUAAAGCAACAGAUGUCUUCAAAAAACAAAUAACUAAAUUGACCAAAACCAUCGAUCCACUUGUCAAUCUCCAACCAAUUCAAAGGCCAUCGAGUUCUCUCUCUCAAUAUUUUCCACUCAAAGAUCCUAUACCUAAAUUGAUAAAAUCUCGGGUCGUGUAUGAACUGAAUUGCCUUGAUUGUGAUGCUACUUACAUUGGCAAAACUGUACGACACGUGAGCAAAAGACUUCACGAGCAUGGAGCAGCAAUCGACCUAAAUCUUGAAUUUGACAUAAUUCCUCCAAAUUCAAAUACAGAUUCCUUACCUCUGAGACGUUCAGAUAGAAAUAAAAAUAAAGUCGUUCAUUACUUUCCCAAAGCACCUGACGAAAGAUUAACUCUUCCACAUAAUAAAUCGAUUCAAUCAGCAGUCAAACAACAUGAAUUGAGUAAUAAUCACCAUAUUGAUUGGACUAACUUUAACAUUCUAGCUAAAGACAACAAAAAUUAUCAAUUACUAGUUAAAGAAUCUCUACUCAUUAACAACUUAAAGCCUAGCCUAAAUAGAACAAUGAGCUCAGUACCUCUAAUAGUUUUUCCGGAAGGCUUAGUAUCAUCUAAACCUAAAGUCAAGAUAAGAUCGACGUUCGGUUCAUUACCAUUGGCUGUUGUCUAG